CAGCGAGUUGGCAACCCUGCCUGUAGAUGUCUAGCAUCACCACGAGUCCUCAUAAGGGGAAACGAUGUUCAGUUAUGAGUAAAAGAACAAGCUAUUUCUUGUUUUUAUUUUGUACAGUCAUCGCGUUGCAACAUUUCUGAAACCUUGUGUAAAUAACCGACACUGCAUAUGGAGUUCGAUGACUACGAAAGCCUUCCUUCGUCGUCGGCAAUCACUCACAUGCUUGCGGGCGCUGCGGCAGGAGUCAUGGAACAUUGCGUUAUGUAUCCUUUAGAUUCUGUCAAGACGCGAAUGCAGUGCUUACGACCCAGCCCAAACGCUCGGUACAAUUCGGUGCGGGAUGCGCUGUACAAGAUGGUGCGCUACGAGGGACCCCUGCGGCCAGUGCGGGGCAUGAGUGCCGUGGUUGUCGGGGCCGGGCCGGCGCACGCGCUCUAUUUCUCCUGCUAUGAAAAGUUGAAACGUACCAUCAGCGGCACGGAGCAUGGAACGACCAUGUCUCAAGGCAUGGCAGGCUGUCUUGCAACGGUGGUACACGACAGCAUCAUGAACCCAGCUGAAGUUGUGAAGCAGCGCAUGCAAAUGUACAACAGCCAGUUUAAAAAGUGCACAGACUGCUUCUGCCACGUGCUGCGACACGAAGGAGGACGCGCUUUCUACCGAAGCUUCACGACGCAGCUGUCCAUGAACAUUCCCUUUCAGUGCGUCCAUUUUGUCACCUACGAAUUCAUGCAGAAGAAGACAAAUGAAAAGAGACAUUACAACCCCGUGGCUCACAUGCUGUCCGGCGGAGUAGCCGGCGCUGUGGCUGCGGCUGUCACCACACCGCUUGAUGUGUGCAAGACCCUGCUCAACACUCAGGAAAGAUCCCUCCUGCAGACAACGCGGCAGUCUCAUAUCACCGGCCUGCUCAACGCGGCCGCCACCAUCUACAACUGCUGCGGCAUGACGGGUUACUUCCGUGGCUUGCAUGCACGUGUACUCUUCCAGGUGCCGGGCACAGCGAUCUCUUGGUCCGUCUACGAGUUCUUUAAGGCAACGUUGACUCGCCAGAGGGCAGCCUGCGACGGGGAGUUCCCGCCGUCGUCCCCAGCCGUCGAUGUGGUGGUGCCGUCGAACCUUUAGGCUACCCUUUCUCUAGUCAUGCAACCGCGGCUCAAUCUCAGUGAAGCAGGCUCGGUGGGCCAACAGCUCCCGGUAGCGCAUUCCGUGUUGGCCACCACAGAGAUGCCCUCCCAAUGGACGCCGUGCUUCUCGGCGAUUGCGCGCUCCCGAAAGAACGUGCGAGAGACUUGCUUUUGGGCCGGGUGGGAAGGAAUGCCCUCUGGAUGUGGGCUGUGCCUGCGCAGGACGGAAAAUCCGCAGCAGCUUCCGCAGGUUAAGGGGGAAACUGAUUUUAGUAAACAUUUUUGCCACCCAGAUGGUAGUUUUGUAAAAAAAAAAAAAAAAAAGGCCACGUCGCACGUCUGAACUAAGCACCAUUGCCCUGCGUCUUUCUUGUUGAAUGUUUGAGGAUGGGCUGAGAGUCGCUUGUCUUGAAGGUCUGUCGCUCCGCAAUUGCUGACUGUGUUUUCCCCAAUGACUAUUUCUGCGGUAAUGUGGUGAAACUCGAGUAUAAACUUUGCGACGCAUAGUUAAGGAACGUGAAAAAGGUACUGACGUAGGCACACGGGAGCGUGUGUAUUUACAUCCGUGUCUUUUUCACAUUCCUUAAUUGUGUACAGUUUUAAGCAAUGUGCUCUACACAUCCUAUAAUUAUAUAAAGUUUUCGAACAUGUGAUUUGCCCUUGAGAUACCAGGAUUUCGAAUGGUGUCUAUUACAAGACUGUGUGGAAUUUAUUUUAACGAGGCACUACAGAUAUUAUGUACAUGUGCAUGGAAAGUGUAUUUUGAAAUGCAAACGCGGCUUAGUUCUUAUUUCAUGUUUUUAUUAUUCCAAUUUCUCGCAUUUCCCAAGUACUACACGCACCAUUGGAAGUGGAUCGUCGUAGGUUUCCCGAAGAGGUUACCUACAUAUUGCUCGAGUUUUAAAAUCGCUAGUCAGUCGACACUAGAUUGGGGCAAAUCUUCAUCUCGUGGUACGUUUAGCCCUUUAGCUGGAGCUAUACUAGGGAGAUUCCAUUAUGGAGUGCCUUUGCAGCGCAAUCAAUUUCCUCUGCAGACCAGGGUGCUACUUCAUGAUGCUGUUUUUCUCCCAUCUCCUCGUCAUUUUCUCGCCAGUUCCUUCCACCAGAGCAUAGAAGCUGCUUCUGUUCUAUCGUAAGUUUUCACGUACCUUGUGGUAGUAUUUCUGGGUGAUUGUCGUUGGCAAACUUAAGUGCCAAAAGGAAGAAUGGCAGAUGUAGGAUUGAGAGUUUUUUUUUUUUUUUUUUAAAUUGAGCAUGGAUUACACUUCAAAAAAAACCUUGCACCAUAAAAAUUCUGGAGCAUUACAAAUCCACCUUGGCGAGUGGAAAUGCGGAAAAUGUGUAGCUUGCAGAUUUUGCUUUCGGGUAGUUGAAACUGAGUAGAGUUUACUUUUGCCCGUUAAACAUACCAGGGCCCGUUUAGAUGAAAGUUAAGUCUCGGUAUCCUUGGCAGGGCAUCUAGCGCGUGCUCACGUCCAGAAAGCACGCCUACCGCAGUGGCCAUUGUGUACAAGUCCGAGACCCGCGCUUAGCUUUUAUGCAAACAGACUGAGAACUUUUUCGUUUUCACAGUGUGCUACACCUUUGAGUUGAGUGAGAUAUAAAACGCGAACCAAAGUUGACGGACAAAACGACGAGUAUAGACAACAGGCGUCGGCAAGCUGUGCUGUAGUGAUGAUACAAGAACAGUGUUACGUUGUGCCUAUACAUGUAAACGUUAACUCCUCUGAUGUGGCGAAUAUACUGGACAAAAGCCGGUACUAAGAGGGAGGGGAGCUAUGAAUGGGCUAUUGUUUCAAAAAAAAAGACUGUUAGAUCUACAUUGAGCAUGUAGUGGACGUUGUUUAUUGUUGACCUAGGACAUGUACAAAGUGUAAACAAGUAAAAGAUGUUUUCCAAAA